AUGACAGUCACAGUGGUAUAUGAUAACUCUGAGGCAACAGAGCUCUGUGCGGCUCAGCACCUCUACCUCAAGCCCAUAGCAAAAUUGAUGAUCAGUGUAUUGCUCCCAGAAAGUAUGGAUCCUGUGAGGCCCUUCUCUAACUGGGAAGUUCUUGACCAGCUAAAGAGCCUCAUUUGCCCUGACCAGUUCACCACAGUUCGGCUCUCCAAGAGUACAAAAGACUUUAUCCGAUUUGAGGGUGAGGCUGAAACCAGAAGUUUGGUUCAAAUCUUAAAGGCAAAGUUACAUGGAAAGAUCAUCAAGCUAAAUGGUUUGAAAACAGACUUAAAAGUAGUGGCUACAGAUGCCUUGGGAGAGUGGGAACACUUCCCCAGGGAAAAAGAAGCUUCACUGAGUGAUGGGGCUGAAGAGCAGGACCAUGAUAAGAGCCCAGAUUCCAUAUAUUUUGAAGGCUUGCCCUGUAAAUGGUUUGCACCAAAAGGUUCCAGUGGGGAGAAGCCAUGUGAAGAGAUUGUUCGGGUAGUCUUUGAAAGUUUCGGGAAGAUCAAGAAUGUGGAUAUCCCUAUGCUUGACCCCUACAGAGAAGUGAUGACUGGUGGGAGCUUUGGGGGGUUUAGCUUUGGCUUGCAGACAUUUGAGGCCUUUAUACAGUACCAGGAGUCAACGGACUUUAUUAAAGCCAUGGAGUCCCUUCGAGGGAUGAAGCUGAUGCUUAAAGGCGAUGAUGGGAAAGCUCUGGCAUGUAACAUUAAGGUUAUGUUUGAUACAACCAAACACUUCAGUGAAGGAGCUGUAAAGAGGAGAAAUCAGGAAAGGCUAAAAUUACAAGAACUGGAGGAAGAAAGGAAAAAAGAAAAGAGAAGAGAAGAGGAGGUGGCUGAAAGAAAAAGAAAAGAUGAGGAGAGGAGAGCCCACGAAAAGAGGAAGAAGGCCAGGACCAGGAGGCGAGCCCUGAAGGAGAGGGACAGCCACAGGUCAAGGAAGCAGAAGGUGAAGGCCAAAGCUGAGGCACCUGAGGAGCCAGACUCUCCAGAAGAAUGGCAGGAGAGGAAGCACCUGCUGGCUCAGAGGAGAGUUGAGGCCCUUCGAUUGCUACGGGUACUCCUGAGGAAAAUCUCGGGAUCUACACAAUUUAACCCACAGGAGGUUGACAUUACAGGACCCGAAGCUAUUUAUACUCCAGGGAACACAUUGGAAAUUCUGGAGGAAGAAGAAUUCAACACUCAGCAUCUUCCAAAUCAAGAAGAAAUGCCAAAAUAUCAGGUUGCCAAGUCAGAUAAUAAACAAACACAAAAAAUAAAGAAACGAAAUAGGGCUCGCUUACGUCAAUUUUCUCACUGCCUUCGGGGAAAAAAGUUAAGAUACUCAACUAGAAAAGAGAGGACUGCAAAAUUAUUAACUGAUGGAUACAGAUUGGUCUCUGGCCAGAAUUCCUUGAAAACUACAAUGAUCCAAGGUCAGUCUCUUGAAAAAGAAGACCACCACAGUUCUAAUAAAUCCUAUUCUUCAAGAUUCUCUGAGAGAGACCAUGGCAGGAAAGAGAAGAUCUAUGAAACAGAUGAAUUUAUUAACUAUAUAUUAAACUAUUAUCAGACUCCAAAAUAUGCCCGGAUCUGUCUACAACCAAGUCACACAACAAGCACAUAUCAGUGGCACAGGGACGUUCAUGCUAAGGGAAAUGGAUUUGAGAUCAAUUUGAGAAAACGCAUGCCUGACUCAAUCAUUUGGAGUCAAAUCGAAAACAUUGAAAGGAGAGAACAGGUUCAGGAAGAUGAUUACUGCUCAAAGGUAUGUACUCAGGAUCCUCAGGAUAAACCACAAAACAGGGGGAAAGUGGAUUAUACCAAAGAGUGCUCUAAGAGAUUUAAAAAUGAUUGCAAGGAUACAGCCAGUGAGACUGGUGAUCAGCUGUCCCCAACUGAUGGUAAAAGCCAUCUCUUAGAUGACCAGGUCCAAGAUUCCAAAUCCCAAAGGAAAAGUCAAGAUUCUUCCCCCUCCAGCUCAGUAGGCUUAGAUGUGCAUUUGACAGAUUUCUUAGAGGAAAUUAGUAGUGAUUCUGAAUGCUUCAGUGAAACUCUUAGCAUAAACGAACAGGAGAAACAGAAAUCUGUGACCACAUAUCAUGGUUCUCCUGAAAAAGGAAAUCUUGAUGCAGAUGAAAUCAUUACCUGUGAAAGAAAAACUAGGUCAAGUCAGCAGACUUCAUAUUCAGAGUGGAAACGUGAUGGUGAGGAAAAAUACUCCAAAUACAAGCUUAAGACACCAGGCAAGAGGUCUAGGAAUGAACCGAGAUGUUCAUGGCUUGAGGAUGAAAGCAAUUCCGUUAAUGAUGAGAAGAACAGCAGCAAAAAGAGGAGAAAAAUGGCCCCCAACUACUUGUUUGAUGAAGGCUACUACCAUGAGUCCAGUUCCAGUGAUCAAUUAGAGGACAACACAAAGAAGAGGAGGGUUAGUAGGAGUGCACUGGACCAGAAUUUGAACUAUAGAACCUCACAUGUGCCAAUAACAUCAAAAAGUGCUAAUGCUUUCUAUUUGGGAUAUUUUCCCAAAAGAAGAAUGAGUCCUUGGAAGGCAGACUAUAACCAGGAUGCAAGAAGGCUUAAAAGACAUGAGAAUUCUAAAGAUCUCAUAUUCAGUUCUGAUAAUCAUCAUGUUAGACAUAAUAGUCAGGAGCACAUUGACUAUGGAAGCUAUUUAGCAAACAACUACACUAGUUCUUUAUAUUUUCAAAUGUUCUGA